AUGGAAGUUGUCACAAUUUCGAUAUUUAUUAUCGAGGUUCAGUGCUCUUUAGUUAAUGAAAAGCUUGUUUCAGAAGAGCACAGUCUUCGUGAUUACGCUAAUAUCUUUAGUCGGUUUACAUUCUCCUGGAUGACGCCGUUAAUGCAAAAAGGUUAUAAGCAGUACCUUACACUCUCGGAUCUUCCUCCUUUACCUAGUUCGCUAAAAACAGAGAACAUAUCUAAAAUUCUAAAGGCAAACUGGGAGAAUGAAAGGUUGAAAAACUGGAAGCACCCAUCAUUGUUAAUGUCAUUAGUGAAGGCAUUUGGAAGACCAUUCUUUCUUGGUGGACUUUAUGAAUUGAUCAAAGAUUUCAUUAGAUUUAGCCAACCACAACUAUUGAAGAACCUUAUCAGGUUUGUUCAAAGGUAUGGAGAAGAUAAAGCAGCUGCUCCUCUCGCUGAGGGAUUUCUACUUGUUAUUUCAAUGUUUGGACUCUCGGUUCUUGAAUCUUUCUGUCUGCAUCAGUACAUUGAGAAGAUUAUGGAUAUGGGAAUUAAAGUUAAGUCUUCCUUAAACACUUUUAUAUAUCAGAAAUCUUUAGUUUUAUCCAUUGAGGCUAGACAAGAGAUGACAACAGGUGACAUAGUUAACCUUAUGUCGGUGGAUACUCAACGGUUGCAGACAUUGUGCAAUAAUUUGCAAAUAAUAUGGUCCGGACCAGUUCAGAUUGUUCUUUGCUUGGUAUCCUUGUACAAGCUUAUGGGAAAUUCCAUGUGGAUGGGUUUGCUGGUUUUGUUAUUUACAAUUCCAAUGAAUACUGUCAUUUCGCGUGCUUUAAAAACUCUUCAGCACAGGCAGAUGAAAGUUAAAGAUGAAAGAACCAGCUUGAUAUCAGAAAUUUUGAGUAAUAUCAGCUCUCUCAAGCUUUAUGCCUGGGAAAACCCGUACAGAGAACGCCUAAUGGAGGUGAGAAAUGAUAAAGAGUUAAAGAACUUACAGGAAAUCGGCGUUUAUCAGGCUGUGAAUCAAUUCAUCUUCAACAUGGUUCCAUCAAUUGUUAGUACUUCCACCUUUGCCGUGUUUAUUAUAAUAUAUUCUGGAACACCUCUAAGUACAGAUAUUGUGUUCACAGCGAUAUCUUUGUUUAAUUUGUUGGAGUUCCCGCUCACGGUUUUACCUUGGGCUAUAAGUGACUUUAUUGAAGCACAAGUUUCUGUUCAGCGUCUUACAAAAUUCUUUAUGAGUGAUGAAUUAGAUUCUUCUUCUGUUUUAAGACUCCCAGCAGAUCCCAAAUCCAACGAUCCAGUUGUUCAGGUUAGUGAUGGAACUUUCUUAUGGUCUCAGAAUCCAGAGAAAAUUGCACUUACCAAUUUCAACUACAGUGCUAAACUUGCUACUUUGAACUGCCUUGUUGGAAGAGUUGGUUCAGGUAAGUCUGCAGUUCUUCAAGCAAUUCUAGGAAAUUUGAAUAAGCGAACUGGAAAAAUACUUUUGAAGGGAACCGUUGCAUAUGUUCCCCAGAUUCCUUGGAUUAUGAAUGGAACUGUUAAGGAAAAUAUUAUUUUUGGAUUCAGGGAAGAUCCAGCGUUCUAUAAGAAGACUAUUGAAGCUUGUGAUCUAUCACGAGAUCUCAGCAUUUUUCCAGAGGGAGAUAUGACACAGGUUGGCGAAAAGGGCAUCAGUUUAUCCGGAGGUCAGAAAGUUCGGCUAGCGUUAGCAAGAGCGGUCUAUUCCAGAGCGGAUAUCUUCAUCUUGGAUGAUAUUUUGAGUGCUGUUGAUGAACAUGUCGGAAAGCACAUCAUUAAGAAUGUGCUUGGAUCCACGGGUUUGCUAAAAUCAAGAUGCAGGAUUCUGUGCACGAACAAUUUACACGUUUUGAAAUAUGCAGACCAAAUUACUGUUCUUUCUAAUGGCAAUGUUAUGGAAGAGGGAAGUUAUGAGAGUUUGAUCAACUCAGGAGCAAGAUUAUCUUCAUUAAUGAGGGAAUUCGGAACAGAGAAGGAUAAGGAGCAUUUCGAUCAAGAGGUUCUGAAAGAUAAAAGUUCUGAAAGCUCUUCGGCAACAUCGUUAUUUCCAGAUGAGGCUUUAACUGCACGUAAGCACAAUACUACUCUUGAAAAUGCCAGAUUGGAAAACUAUAAGGAUGCAAUUGUGAAAGUGGAGCGAGCAAAGGCCAAAUCAGGUAGGAGUGAACACACGCAAAAGGGAAGUGUGAAAUGGGAGGUGUAUUUGUCGUAUAUGAAGGCAUGUGGAGUUUGGAAUGUGUUGUUGUUCAUGCUCUGCAUUGUUAUAUCCAUGGGAUUGUCUGUGUUGGCCAAUGUUUGGUUGAAAUAUUGGUCCGAACUAAAUAGCAGAGAGGGUGGAAAUCCAUCUCCUUGGAAGAACCUUGGAAUAUACUUUGGCAUAUGUCUAUUCACUGCAAUUUUCAGUCUUUGUGAGACCUUGGUUCAAUGGCUUUUGUGCUCGAUCUCAGGCUCAAAGAAGAUGCAUCAAAAGAUGUUGGAUUGUGUACUUCGAGCUCCAAUGGAGUUCUUCGAGACAACACCAAUUGGCCGCAUUUUGAACAGGUUUUCUAACGAUAUAUCAAAGAUAGAUGAGUCAUUGUUUAGAGUUUUUGCCAACUUCUUUGGAUCCGCCGUCAGGGUUGGAUUCACAAUUCUCGUGAUUGUUCUUUCCACGUGGCAGUUCAUCUUGUUUGUUAUACCCCUUGGAUUCAUUUACAGGUAUUUCCAGAUGUACUAUUUGUCGACAUCACGUGAAUUGAGGAGAUUGGAUUCCAUCACAAGAUCUCCAAUCUUCGCUCAUUUGCAAGAAACAUUGAAUGGUGCUGAGACAAUCAGAGCAUACGAUCAGUCCGACCGUUUUGUUUUUCUAAGUUGCUACAAGAUGAAUCGGAACAUGAGUGCAUACCAUCCUUCGAUGACAGCAAAUAGAUGGCUAAGUAUCAGAUUAGAGUUUAUCGGUUCACUAAUAAUUUUGGGAGCUUCUGGACUUCUCAUACUGACAUUAAACUCUGGUAGGGUUACGCCUGGUUUAGUUGGUCUUUCUGUUUCAUAUGCUUUGCAAGUGACACAGGCAUUAAACAGAGUCGUGCGUAUGAGUUCACGUAUAGAGUCUGAUAUUGUUUCUAUUGAAAGAGUUGAAGAGUACUCUUCUCUUCCAUCAGAAGCACCUGUGAUCAUUGAAUCUAACAGGCCAUCUAAGGAAUGGCCCCAUAAUGGUGCACUCUCCUUUGAUCACUAUUCCACUAGAUAUAGAGAUGAUUUAGACCUUGUGCUAAAGGAUAUCAACAUAUCCAUCAAUCCAAGGGAGAAAAUCGGAAUCGUCGGCAGAACUGGUGCUGGCAAAUCCAGUUUGACUUUAGCAAUCUUCAGAAUUAUUGAAGCAGUUAAAGGGAAAAUCAUUAUUGAUGAUAUCAAUACUGGUGAGAUCGGACUUUAUGAUUUGAGGUCGAAACUCUCCAUUAUUCCACAGGAUGCCCAAAUAUUUGAAGGUACAAUUCGGUCGAAUUUGGAUCCUAUUGACCAGUAUCCAGAUGAUGAUCUUUGGAACGCACUAAGGCUUUCUCAUCUCGCGGAGUACGUUAACGUGAUGUACAAAUCUUUAGAGGAUAAAUCCUCUGUGCACUAUAAUCCUCUUUUGAUAAAGCUCUCAGAGGGAGGAUCAAACCUUUCUGUCGGCCAAAGACAGUUGAUGUGUUUGGCUAGAGCGCUCUGUAAGAGUGAUUCCAAGAUUCUUGUUUUAGAUGAGGCCACUGCCAAUGUUGAUGUUCAAACGGACUCCAUUGUGCAGCAAACGAUAAGAUCUGCAUUUAAAGAGAGAACUAUUCUCACGAUUGCCCACAGAUUAAACACUAUUAUUGACAGUGAUCGGAUCAUCGUGUUGGAUAAGGGAAAAGUGGCUGAAUUUGACACGCCUGACAACCUCUUGAAAGACAAGUCAUCGUUGUUCUUCUCAUUAUGCAAGGAGGGUGGACUAAUCAAGAAAGAGUAA